CUAAUUUCACUUUUUUCUUUCAGAAAGAAUAAGAAAAACACAAGGAGACAUAAAUUUUAAAUAUUUUGUUUCUACUGUAUUUCUCAAGCUUCUUUGUUAUUUAUUGAUAAGUUUAUUUUAUUAGUGUACUUCUCAAGUUCUCGAUUGCUUUAAACGGUUUCUCCUUCCUCUUUUUGUUUACGUAAACUUAACUUAUACUGUAAUUUAUUUAUUUUACUGCUAUUUCAGUCAUGAUUGAUCUAUGUUAACAACUAAAUUUCGAGAUCUGGUAUCGCUUGAUGUAUGUAUAAGAGCUCAAAACGAAGUUGUUGAAAUAAUGUUUUUUUUUUUCCAUUAAAACGACUCUACCUAUAAAAUAAGAACGUUGUGUUUCCAUGUAGACAAUGUAAAGUCAAGUGUUAAUUCGUUCGUUGCUUUUUUUUUUAUGGACUAGUAGGUUUUCAACUUGUAGGCCCGCACAUUUUUUAAAAACAAUGUCUAAGCCUUGUAUUUUUUUUAAUAUCUGAUUAAUUAUAUGCAUUCCAUCGAUGAAGAAUAUUAUAUAGAUGAAUAUAUCCGAUAAUUUUACCGCCAUAUGAAAAUACACAUCUGACUGCGCCAUUCUGAAUCAUCCUAUGAGAUCCAUGUUCGAUGAUACGUCAUUCACCAUGCUGAAGAUCUUUUGUAACAAUAUUUUUUAUAAUCUGCAUAAUUUGUAUUUUCUGGAGUUUGAACCCCAAACUUCCUAGUGUAAAAGCAUUAAUGACAUAUUAAUGCUUAAAUUAAACCUUGUAAUUUAAACUCUUUUUUUAGUAGCAAACAGUUUUUAACAAAGUCACCUCCCAAAUUCCUAUUAGAUUAUUCAAGAUUUCAAAUAUGAGGCCAACUCACAGUCACCAAAAAAUUUGUUAAACAUGAAUUAAUCGGACGUUUGAAGAAUGAAGAGUGUUCAGGUCCAAACAGACAUUUUUGAAAGAAACUUUGAAAAAAAAAAUCAAUCAAUGCAUUCCGAGAAAAAGAAAGAAGAUUAGUGCACCAUCAUGAAACAUUGUGUGUGGCUCUCGGAAAAGGACAGAAAAACAUGUGUUCCAUUACCAAUGAAGUUGGUCCACUUCACUUACUGCUUAUUUGGCUCACAUAAAAGUCUUUUCUCAUUUUUACUUUAUUUUAUUUGUUUUAUUGCUUUUGGAAGAAUAGUUGAAACACAACCACUCCUCACGUUUUGCCUGAGGAAUCAUUUACACUAGUGCCAAUUUUGUCUCUGAUCUUCUUGUAUUCUAAUGUCUAAAGAUAUUCAAAUUUUCUGUGAAAGCAGUUUAAGUUCCAACAUCAAAACAAAAAUAGUUGUUGAUCUCAUCAUUAAUUUUCAAUCAAAUAUUGCGGUGUGCCGGUGAUGGGAUAGAUUGAUUGAUUCGAGCUCAAUUAUAUGAAAAGAAACCAUAGUAUCUUACAUUAAAUUCCCUCUGAGACCAACAUAUUGAGAAAUUGAAUUUAAGGGAGAAAAUAAAAUAAAAUGGAAAAGUCUUUUUAUCAACAAUGCUUUUAUCUAAAUUCAUCUGCCAUUUCCCUAAACUCAAGCCUUCAAUCUCGGCCCCAAACAUUCGGCGAUAUAUACAAUAAUUCUAUUUCUAUUUAUUUUUCCUUUUUUCUUUUCUUUUUAAUCGACUACAUUAUUAAGAACAACUACAAUCACAAACACAACAGAAGAAGAGAUCCAGUGGUUUCUGAUUCUUGCUUGAGCUAACUUGGCGUCUUUUCAUUUUCAUUUUAGUUUCUAUAUUUUAUACUCUUCUCAUUUUUAGUUCUUUAAUUGUUUGAUCUUUGCUUAUACAAAAGUGAGAUUAAUUAGGUUUCUUGAAAAUCUUUUUAAUUUUCAAGAAUGGAGGGGAAGAAGCUGAAUUUAUAUGCUCCAUUACCAUCAAUAAGACGAAUGUCAAGUAAAAAAGAGUAUUCAAGUGAAUCAGAGAACAAGAAGACAGCCAUUACAAGACCAGAGCUUCCAUCACGUCUGAGCAAAGAACAAGAAACGCCUGUUUUUGUAUUACCAGACCAGAGUUUCGAUCAUCUCACCGAACCAGCUUCAGUUCCUUUUGUUUGGGAACAAAUCCCUGGAAAACCAAAAGAUGACAUGGCUACACUGAUCCAAGAAUCAGGCUUACUAGAAACCGAUGAUGAAGACGAAGAAGAAGAAGAUGAAGAUACUGUUUCUUCUACUGGAAGCUUCUCUGUUAACUGCAGCACAAGUGGAGUAAGCGACAUCGAGAAGAACGGUGAGAGAUCUGAAGAUGUCUCGUCUAGAGAAAGUCUCGAUCUAAUGAUGUCGAGGUUCUUACCAGCUGCUAAAGCAAUGGCUUUCACACAUCAGAAGCACCAAUCUCCUUCUUCUUAUAACUCCUCGGAGCAGAAGCAAACCGUGCAAAACAGAGAAGCUCUUGUAACUCGCCAAAGACGUCAAUUAGUAGCUGAGCAUGAACAUUUCGCUAUUGUUCAGAGUCUUUACGAUGAUUUAAACAUCGAAGAUGAUGAUGAAAGCGACGACGAUGAUGAUGAUGAUCACCGAAUCCUCCCUGAAGUCACUAUCAAGAAAGCUUGUGGAUUCUUGCCAAGGCUUUGUGCUAGAAACUCAUUCAAGUUUUCAAACCCGGUUCCUCUGGAUACAAAACUAAACCGGAGUUUGAAACAUUCGGGAGAGCAAACCGGGAUACCAAACUGGUCGACUAGGCGUCUUUCCGGUUUUACCUCUCCGUACCGAACCUCUUGUUCGGAAACCGGUUUUCUCGGAGCUCCGGUUAAACCGGAGAGUUUCAAGAGGCUAACCAGAGGGAUAAGCAAGUCUCAAGAACUGUAUCCACCGAGAACAAGAAGAGAGACUCUUCCUAACUACUCACAUUCUGGAGAAAUCAGAAUGUUUAGAAACUCGACCUCGACUCCUUCCAGGAUCCAACGGACGACGACAAUGCACGACUCGAGGUUCCUUGUGGAGGAAGUAAACAGAAGAAAAAGCAGCAGCAUCAACAGGUCAGGGAGUCUUUUGAAAACGUCGCCGGAAUACACGGCGGCGGCGAUCUCUCCGCCACCCUUACCGGAAACCCCGUCUCGGUCUUGGCUCCGACGGACACUCCUCCCGCCGGUGAGCCCUAAACCUUACGGCGUCGGUGUAGGUCAAGUUGGUACUAAGAAACUGGAUCAGGAAAUUCUUGAAUCUACAAAAUGGGAAACGAUCGUUAAAACAUCUUAUGUUCACAACGAUCACGUUCGUUAUUCUCAGGAACUGGUUGUUCAUCCCUCUCGCCAGCAAAAUACAUAAAAACCAGUGAAAUUACUUCUUUUAUAAAAUUAAAUAAAUAUCUUUAGAAUUUGCCUCUCUUUUUUUGGCAGGCAACACAAAUUUACCUGAGAUUUUUGUGUGUGAGAGUGUGUGUGUGUAUUAUGAUUGUGGCAUUUGUUUUUCUGACCACAUGUUUUGUAAUUGAAGACCUAAAUAUUAUUGAUGUUUGAUAAAACAUGCUUUAUAAAGUAUUUUGCCUC